AUGUCAGGAAAACGGAAGAGAGGAGAAGAAGCGACUGCAGUUGGAGUCGUCAGCGAAAAGCCGCUCACUGCGAUUGCGGCAGCUCGACUGCGAACGGAAGCCGCAGCUAAAGUCGUGAAUACACCCAAAGUCACGCUUGAGCAGAUUCCUGUACCAGCAAGUCCAUUGCUCAAAGGUGGAAACCCGGAACAGGAAGACUCAGAUGAAGAGGAACAACCCGUGCCUGUUCAGCGCAAUCUCAAACUUUGCAACUGGCGCAACGAACCACAAAACAUCCUCUCAGACACCGACACUGAACUCACCGUCAAUCUGAACAAGCACGCGACCAUCACGUUGAUCGGCUGUUUUGACUUGUUGGUUCUGAGAGGCGCCGUCAAUAUCAAUGGUGCCAAUAUUGGGACAGUCAAUCGUGAUGGCCAAAAAAACCAAGCUCAUCGAGUGUGUGUACCAGCCACGCACCCUAUGUCCAAAAUCCGCGGAUUAGAUGGUACAAAUCACAUGAGUUUCAAGACUUGCAAGACACCUGCAUCUUUGGCGCAUAUUAGUCCAGUGUUUGACGGAAUCUGGAAUGACUCCAAUGAUCGAUCGUUUCGUGUUGUGACCAACUCAGAUGCAGAUACGCUUUCCCGACCCUUACGUCCUGAAGUGACACCUGAAGACUGGCUUCGCGCAAUUGAGGACUGCGCUAGCAAUCCUUCUACCACCGUUGUGACUGGGUUACCUAGCUCGGGCAAAUCGACUUUUGCCAGGCGGCUCGUGAAUCGCUCUCUCACAGGACUAGGCAAGACCGCUGCAUCUGUGCCAGCUGUAUGUUGGAUGGAUCUUGACCCGCAAAAACAAGAGUACGUCCCUAGAGGUCAAAUCUCUCUCGUUGUGGUGAGAGAUUUGAAUUUGGGUCCAAGUUACACACAUCCCUCUGUUGUACCAGAACAGAGAGAAGCGAGCAGGAACGAGGUUGUUCGCGCACAUCCAGUCCCUUCGAAUUUUGCCAAUUAUGCGGACUAUUACCAAUCCUGUUUUGAGGAUCUUUUCUUGGCAUACAGGAAUCUUUCUUCUCGAGAUUCGUCUCUACCAUUAGUUGUCGACAUACCCAGCUUUCUCUACUCCUCACAUUUCGACUUACUAAACAAGCUGAUAGUAAGGAUCAAACCGCAUAAUGUCGUACACCUCAGCGAUACACGAGCCAUCGACACUGAAACAGCGGCAAGGCUGCACUUACUUCAAACAUCAACAUCGCAAUACCACGGCACACUCUAUGAGAUUACUGCACAACAGCCCCAGUCGAUCCCUAUAAGGUCGGAGAAUGAAUUAAGCGCUAUGCAGAUGCAAUCCUACUUCCAUCUCAGAUCAAGCAGUACGAGCCAGGGCCAGCCCCAACUUCUCAAUUGGACGCCAGAACCUCUUUCACAGCUGGUGCCCUGGGAGUUUUGCUACGAAGAAACCCUAGAGCGAGAACAGGAUGUAGUUGCUUUCGCAAUGUACUCCGAGCCAGUCGAGCCAUCCUCAUUGCUGCAUGCAUUGAAUGGCUCCAUCGUGCAAAUCAUCCAAUCCACAUCAUCUGCCGUUCCUACUUCUAACGGCUCGCUUCCCAAGACACAAAAAUUUGGGAUUCCAUAUCUUCCAGAGUCUGAACGUACUGGCAUGGUAGAACCAUUAGAUCCUCGAACGACGAGAAUGGUUUGUACAGCGAUGAUCAGGGGCUUCAACCCUGAGAAGAAGAUAGUAGAAGUGUUGGUACCAAAGACACAUGAGCCUCUGUUGUACAAUCUGUCGCCCGAGAGGACCAUCAUUGUCGGUGGGUGCUGCGACGUGCCGGAAUGGGCAUUCUUGGAGGACGCAUAUGCACAGGAAAGAGGGGUCAAACCAGCAACUACUGUAGAUAAUAUGCCGGUUUGGGUUGAAAAGGCGGACCUCGUAGAUGACAUGGGAUAUCUCAGCACUGUACGCAGAGUGAGGAAGUUCCAGACCUGA